AUGGACGGAAGCUGCGACAUCAAUAAAUCUUUAGAUGGCUGCAGCAAGGAUGAGGAAGAAGGUCCGACCACAAAGAGGCUGAGAAAGGGCACGUCAGUGGCGGAACAAUGGGCCACUUUUCUGGCCAAAUACAAGCAGCAAGGAAUGCUCGGCGAGGGUGGCUAUGGGCGAGUGUUCAUGGGUCUACGCAGAGCGGAUAAUUUCCCGGUUGCCAUCAAACAUAUCAAGAAAAUCUACGUCCACAAAGAAGUGGACCAGAACGGGGAGGAGUUCUCUGCGGAGGUGGCCGUCAUGUCCAGACUCUCAGCUGAACGAGCCGAAUCGGGGGAGUCGGCGUCCGUGGCGCUGCUGGACGUUUACGACCUGGGCCUGGAGCAGGUCCUGGUCAUGGAGAGGCCUGACCCCUGUCAGGAUCUGCUCCGCUACCUCAAGGCCCACAACGGCUUGCUGCAGGAGGGGCAUGCUAAGGUGAUCGUCAAACAGCUGCUGGCUGCUGCAGCUGAGCUGGAGCGCCACAACGUCUUCCACCGCGACAUUAAGCUGGAGAACAUCCUGAUCCAGUCCGAGGGAGACGCCCUCCGUGUCCGGCUCAUAGACUUCGGGGUGAGCUGCUUCUCUGAGCCGUCGUCGCUCCUGAAAACCUUCGAAGGUACGGUCACUUACAAGCCUCCGGAGUUCAUCAGCAGGGGCAGAUAUGCUGCCGGACCCACCACGGUGUGGCAGCUGGGGACCGUCCUAUUCGAGCUCCUCCACCAAAACAGUGUGUGUGGCACUCUAGAGUUCCUCACUCAGAAACUGAGGAUCAGGAAGACACUGUCUGCAGAAUGUCGAGACUUCCUAAAAAGAUGCUUAGGAAUAAUUCCUGAGGAGAGGUCCACCGUGGAGCAGCUGCUGCGUCACCCCUGGCUCCAUUGA